AUGCGCAACAGAAAUCCAUCCAUCUGCCUUUGCCUUGACGUAUCUUUCAAUGAUGUUUUUGAUUGGUUCAGGCAUACCUGGCACGUUCCAUGGAAUAUUGGCCUUCCAACAUCUCCAUGCUUCGCUCAAGUGUUGCAAAAUAGCCUUGCUCUUAUUCUGUUUGAUACCUUCAGGUAUCAUAUCGAGAAUGUCGUGAAGAACGGCAGCACGAAGCUCCAAGUCGUAAUAAGAAUCGACUCUUUGUUUGGUGAUUGUCUUCGCCACUUCUUUGCUCUGUCUUCCUUCAAAUUGACGAGAAAGCAAGUUUCCAAGCCAACGUUCCAGAAGUGGCACAAUUCCUCUCAUGAAGAAGAUCCACACACGCCAGGCCGGUUGCCAGAAUCCGCAACCUGGUCCUUUUCCAAUAACAGCGUUGAAUCUGUAGUAAACAACGUGUUUCAAGUCCUUACAAGCUCUGAUCUGGUGCAUAACUUUGUACUUGUAACGGUAGAUACCCGUCAACUGCCCAAGAUGGUUCAAAGCGUAGUAGAUACCGUCUGCGAGCUGGAAAGCGUCAACGUUUCCGAGCCGGAAUUGAACAUGCGCAUCAACAAUUAA